AUGGCUGGGACACUGCAGCUCUUGAGGCUGUUUUUCAUAGUCUUUUUCCUUCUGGUGGGACUGCAAGGAGAGCCAGCACAAAGACGAAACAAGAGGAACAUUAGCAAUGACCAGCCUCGUAUGCUGUCAGACAAUGGCCACCUUAUCUUCACAACAGGGGAAAAUAAAGAGAUCCGCUUCCAGACACCUGCUUCAGGCCGGAUUAAAGUGGGUAAUGAAGACCUCACCCAACUUUUGAGUCAGAUCAAAACCAACAAAGAUGACAUUAAUGACAUUAAGUCUCACGGAGGUGCAGUUCCCCCUGAAGUCAGCAACAAACUGAAUCAGCUGGAUACCAGGGUGUCAACACUUGAGAAUAAAGUAACUGAACUGGAAUUGACAGUUCAGAAGGUGUCUUGCAGCAGUAAUCCCUGUCAGAAUGGAGGAACAUGUUUGAACCUACUGAACUCCUAUCACUGUGUGUGUCCAAACAACUGGGCUGGUCCUAAUUGUGCAACAGAUGUGAAUGAAUGUCAGGUGUAUUCAGGGACAUUUCAGGGUUGUCAGAAUGGAGCAACCUGUGUCAACACCCCUGGAUCAUUCACGUGUAACUGUUCUCCAGAAUGGUCUGGGACUCUCUGCACUGUGCGUUAUGAUGACUGCAGAAAUGGAGGACAGGACCUGUGUGUACACGGCACAUGUAUUGAUGCAGACAGGAUUAUACAAGGAGAGCCUAAAUACCAGUGUAUUUGUGAGAGUGGCUGGGAGGCGCCAGCUGGGAGCCCAGCCUGUGUGGCUGAUGUUAAUGAGUGCAACCAACCCAACAAACCUUGUUCUACCAAUCCUGUGGUUCCUUGCUACAAUACCCAGGGUUCUUUCUACUGUGGAGCUUGUCCAGCUGGUUGGCAAGGCAAUGGCUACAGUUGUCAGGAUGUGGAUGAAUGUUUGACCAAUAAUGGCGGCUGCUCCACUACCCCAGUUGUGCAGUGCCUGAACACCAUGGGCUCUUUCCACUGUGGAACCUGCCCUCCAGGUUAUGAGGGAGAUGGGAGAACAUGUACCCAGACCAAUAUCUGCACAUCCAACAAUGGAGGUUGUUACCCAUUAGCUACUUGCUCCUCCAGCCCAGGCUCCAGCCUUCCUGUAUGUACCUGCCCUCCAGGCUACAUAGGCAAUGGUUAUGGCCCAACUGGUUGCUCCCAAACCAGCACCAUCUGUCAGACCAGCAACCCCUGUGUCAAUGGACAGUGUGUGGCAACCACCACAGCUCCUGGCUACAGCUGUAAUUGCAACUCUGGCUGGGAAGGAGUGAACUGUGACCAGAAUAUCGAUGAAUGCUUGAGCAACCCCUGUCAGAAUGGAGGAACAUGUACUGAUGGCAUUAAUGGAUUCACAUGCACUUGCACUGCACAGUGGACUGGCCCACUCUGCCAGACUUCACAGCAAGAGUGUGGAGGUUACCUGACUGGUCCUGCAGGAUCCUUCAGUUAUCCCAAUACCCCAGGUCAUGAUGAAUAUGAUCACCAGGUCAGCUGUGCCUGGGUCAUCCGCACUGAUCCAAACAAGAUCCUGCACAUUACUUUCCCUUUCUUUCAACUGGAGAGCAGCACCAACUGCAACUUUGACUUCCUUCAGAUUCAUGAUGGGGACAGUGCCUCUGCCUACAUGAUUGGAAAAUACUGUGGCCAAAAUAACCCACAGGAACUCUACAGCUCCCACAAUUCUCUGUAUUUCUGGUUUCGCUCUGACCACUCCAUCAGCAGCGGUGGUUUCACAGUUGUUUGGCAGUCUCAGGAUCCAGUGUGUGGAGGGGAACUAAGUACACCCUAUGGCAACAUCAACUCACCUGGAUACCCUGGAAACUACCCACCUAGCCGGGACUGCUAUUGGAGAGUGACAGUGGAGCCCAGCUUGCUCAUUACCUUUGCCUUUGGGACUCUCAGCCUGGAGCAUCACCCUGACUGCAACUAUGAUUUUCUAGAGAUCCGUGAUGGCCUUCUACCUGAAGACACAGUUCUUGGGAAGUACUGCAGUACUGCAUCACCUCCCCCCCUUCAGACCACUGGUCCAGCUGCGUGGAUCCACUUCCACUCUGACUUCAGUAUCUCGGACCGAGGCUUCCACAUUACAUAUACAACAUCAUCAAGUGAUCCCGGUUGUGGUGGCACUUUCACUGACAGUGAGGGCGUCAUCAUCUCGCCGAACUGGCCCAAUGACUAUGCUCACAACCGCCAGUGUAUCUAUUUGAUCACGUUGCCAGUGGGUGAGAAGGUGGCCCUCAACUUCACUAACAUGAACCUGGAAAGUCACAGCAGCUGCACUUUCGACUAUGUAGAGGUCCGUGAUGGAAGGAUGGAGACUGAUCCUUUGAUAGGGAGAUACUGUGGGAACUCCCUACCUGCUCCCAUAAUCUCAUCCUCCAAUGUCCUAUGGAUUCGCUUCAGGUCUGACAGUUCAGUCAGCCGGGCCGGUUUCAGGGCAGUCUAUGCUGUUGCUUGUGGAGGUACUUUGUCUGGGACUGGGCAGUUUCACUCUCCCUUUCACCCCAAUGCCUAUCCCCACAACAAGGUCUGUGAGUGGGUAAUUAACCAGCCCGAGGGCUAUGUGGUCACACUCAACUUCCUGUCCUUUGAUAUUGAAGGAGGCUCCUGUCGUUUCGACUUUGUUGAGGUCAGGGAUGGCUCAACGUCUAGCUCUCCUCUGCUGGGGACAUUUUGUGGUGUUGAGAUUCCCCCCAGGGUCCAGUCUACCCAGAGGUCACUGUACAUUCGCUUCAGGACCGACUCCUCUAUCAGCAAUCAUGGCUUUGAAGCAGCCUAUGGCUCUGCCUUGGAGGGCUGUGGUGACACCCUUACUAGUCCUUCAGGUGCUAUCACAAGCCCUGGCCACCCCACAAACUACCCACAUGGUGCCAACUGCACUUGGUACAUCAGCGUUGCCCCAGGAAACCUAAUUCGGCUGUCGUUUGACUCCUUCAACCUGGAGAGCCAUGCCAGCUGCAACUUUGAUUACCUAGAGAUAUACGACAAUGGCACUGUGGAGACUGGAACCCUCAUUGGCAGGUACUGCGGGCGUUCAUUGCCUCCAUCCAUCACCAGUACUGACAGCCUGAUGACCGUGCUUUUUGUAUCAGACUCAAGUUUAGCCAGCGAGGGAUUCUCUGCCAGCUAUGUCUCCAUGAAUGCUACCACAGACUGUGGUGAAACCUUCACCUCACCCACUGGAUCCUUCAGUUCACCCAACUACCCUGACUACUACCCCACCAACAGAGACUGUAUCUACAAGAUCAUUGUGCAAGUCAACAUGCAGAUUAUGCUCAACUUCACCAAUUUUGAACUGGAGGGUUCCUCUCCUUCUUGCAACUUUGACUUUGUGGAAAUCAGGGAUGGUGGCUAUGAGACAUCUCCCUUGAUUGGUAAGUUCUGUGCCAAUCAGAGGCCUCCAGUCCUUGUAUCCCACAGUAACCGUCUUUGGGUCAGAUUCCACUCUGAUGCAAGUGUGCCACGUCAAGGAUUCACUGCCUUCUGGGAUGGUACACAGACUGGCUGUGGAGGGCUUAUGACAACUGCAUCUGGAGCAUUUUCCUCGCCUAACUACCCACUGCCCUACCACCCUAAUGCUGAGUGCUACUGGAACAUCAGGACCAACCAGGGCAGCCAGCUUCUCCUCUCUUUCUCUGAUUUCCACUUGGAGUCCAGCUCUGCCUGCUCUUAUGAUUACCUGUCCGUGUAUGAUGGUAACAGCAGCAGUGCCACAGAGCUGGCUAAGUUAUGUGGCAGCCAGCCACCCAGCAACAUCAGCUCUUCCAGUAAUCAGCUUUACAUCAAGCUACGCACUGACAGCAGCGUUAGCACUGGAGGCUUCUUUGCAACAUACACUUCCAAAUGUCAAGGGGUGCUCAUUUCAGGCCAGCACAGAGGAAUGGUGGAGUCACUAAAUUUUCCUAACAGCUACCCCAUCAACUCAGAGUGCAGCUGGACUAUCCAGGCCAGCAGUGGAAACACCAUCAACUACACCUUUACUGCCUUCCAGGUGGAGGCCACUUCCAGCAGUUGUCAGUAUGACUCCAUCAAGCUCUAUAAUGGACCUAAUGAACAAGCUCCUCUGAUCGGCACAUUCUGUGGAUACACGCCACCACCAGCCAACAGCACCACAACCUCAGCCCUUACCGUGGUGUUCCGCACUGACUCAUCUGUGUCCUUGUCUGGCUUCCAGAUGAUGUGGUACCAGUAUGGUUGUGGUGGGGAGCAUUCUGGUCCCAGUGGCUCCUUCAACAGUCCAGACUACCCAAACAGGUAUCCAGAAAACAAGGAGUGCAUCUGGUAUAUUACGACGUCAGCUGGUAGCAGCAUCACUCUCACUAUACAUGAGUUUGAUGUGGAGUUUCACCAAGAUUGUAACUAUGAUGUGCUGGAGGUGUUUGGAGGCCCAGACCUGUCAGCCCCUCAGCUGGCCAAGCUCUGUAGCACCACAACUAGCCCAAUGCAUGUCUCCAGCACUGGUAACCUGCUCACAGUUCGCUUCAAGUCAGAUGCCUAUGUCAGCGGUCGAGGUUUCAAUGCAAGCUGGACUGAAAACCUAGGAGGCUGUGGAGGCCCAGUUGCUGCUCCAUCAGGGGAGAUCCAUUCUCCUUUGUAUCCCAACAGCUAUCCAAACAAUGUGGACUGUUCCUGGGUCAUCAGUGUAGACCCCAGCCAUCGUGUCUUUUUCAACUUCUCUGACCUGGACAUUGAACAUCAUAGCGACUGUUCAUGGGACUAUGUGGCUAUCCAUGAUGGUCCAACCAUAUAUUCUCCAUUGCUUGCACGUGUGUGUGGUACCAGUCUUCCCCCCUCCAUUACAUCCACCCAGAACACCAUCUAUGUUCGCUUUCGGUCUGACUCCAGUCGCAGCCACCGUGGCUUCAGUGCUCACUUUGCUGAGUCUUGUGGAGCAACAAUCAUAACAGACAAUAAUGGCGGAGCCAUUGCAUCACCACGGUACCCAGCACCAUAUCCCUCCAGUCAAAACUGUAGUUGGAUCAUCAAAGCACAGGAGCCAUUUAACCAUGUGACCCUGUCAUUCACUGACUUUGAGUUAGAGAUGAUUUACUCCGACUGUUCUCAUGAUGCCGUGGAAAUCCUGGAUGGAGACAACUACCAGGCGCCUUCUAUAGGGCGCUACUGUGGCUCUGAGAUUCCUCACCCGGUGACAUCCUUCAGUAACUCCUUGGUGGUCAACUUCAUCUCCGACCUCUCUGUCUCUAGAAGAGGCUUCAGAGCCACGUACUCAGCAUCCACCUCCAGUUGUGGGGGCAAUCUGGUGAUGGAGAGUGGUGCAUUUAAUAGUCCUAACUAUCCAGAUGCUUAUCCACCUAAUGUGGAGUGUGUGUGGACCAUCAUCAGCUCACCAGGGAACCGUCUCCAGCUCUCAUUUACUAUCUUUCACUUACAGGGAGACUCUGGCUGUAACAAUGACUACCUAGAGAUCAGGGAAGGCAAUUCCACUGGGCCUCUGGUUGGUCGCCUCUGUGGAAGCUCCCUUCCCUCUAACUAUACCUCUGUGAUUGGUCACAUCCUGUGGGUUAAGUUUGUCUCAGAUGCAUCCAUUAGUGGAGCAGGAUUCAGAGCAACCUUUUCACAUUUGUAUGGUAAUGAUGUGAUGGGGGAGUUUGGACAGAUAGCAUCCCCACUGUAUCCCAGAACAUACCCCAAUAAUGCUGACUAUCACUGGACCAUUAAUGUGGAGGGAGACAGCUACAUCCAGAUCAGCUUCUUGGACAUGGACAUAGAGGACCUGUAUGACUGCUAUUACGACCAGCUCAAAAUAUUUGAUGGUCCCAGUGUUCAUUAUUACCCCAUUGCAACAAUCUGUGGUCUGGCCCUGCCCUCUCCCCUAAGAAGCUCUGGCAGCACCCUCACCCUUCAGUUUCAGUCAGAUUCAGUUGUGGGAGGACGAGGCUUCCUCGUGGAAUGGACUGCAGUUCGGGACUCUGGACCACCCCCCACCAUCACACCAGGUGCAUGUGGUGGAAUGCUAAUGACAGAGGAGACUCCUGGUUUCCUCUACUCUCCUGGCUGGCCUGAAAACUACCCUGCUGAGCAGGAGUGCACCUGGUUGAUACGUUCUCCAGACUCAACUGUAGAGCUUAACCUGUUGUCUGUGGACAUUGAGGAUUUUCCCGACUGCUACUUUGACAGUCUCGUCAUCAAAGAUGGUGCAUCCAGUCUAUCCCCUGUGUUGGCCAAUGUGUGUGGCAGGAAUCCUCCAGGUUCCCUCCACUCAACAGGAGACUCCAUGUUCAUCCACUUCUCUUCAGAUAGCAGCAUCAGUGGCCGAGGCUUUAAUGCCUCCUACUCCAGAGGUUGUGGUGGCCUCUUGCAUGUAGACAGGGGUGUGCUGAGCAGCCCUCACUACCCUCAGAACUAUCCACCUGCUCAGGACUGUCAGUGGCAUGUGAUGGUUACACCUGGUUUCAGGGUUUCUGUCACCUUCCAGAGCCCUUUCCAGAUUCAAGGCUAUGGAACUGGAUGCAGCUCAGGAGACUACCUGGAGGUCAGGAAUGGUCCAGAUGUUUCAUCUCCACUACUAGGGGGACGUCUCUGUGGUUCAAGUGCCCCGUCCCUCCUCCAGACCACUGACAACAACCUCUUUAUUCACUUUGUGUCUGAUACCACUAAUGAGGCCAGUGGCUUUAAGAUGACCUUUGAAGCCCACAGUCAGGCAUGUGGAGGCUUCAUUGAGCUGAAUGACAAUGACCCUCCAGGGUACAUCACUUCACCAAACUUCCCUCAGAACUACCCCCAGAACAUUGACUGUAUCUGGGUCAUCAAUGUGCCUAAUGGCGAAGCUGUCCAAAUUGACUUUGAGGAUGAAUUCUACAUUGAGCCCACAGCCAGUUGUGUGUACGACUAUUUGGAGCUGCGUGAUGGUGCAACAUCUAACGCUGACCUAAUUUCCCGGCUCUGUGGCAACACCCGACCAUCUACCCAGCAUUCAACAGGGUCCUUCAUGAUGCUCAGAUUCCGUACUGACAUCAGCGUCACACACAAAGGAUUCAAAGCAAAGUACUCCAUAGCUACAUGUGGAGGUACCUACAUAGGACAGAGCGGUGUGAUCUACAGCCCUGGAUUUCCAGCAUCAAGCUAUCCUGACAGCUCCACCUGUGAGUGGUACUUGGAGGGGCCCACAGGGCACUACCUCACCCUCAGCUACAGGAACUUCAGCCUGCAGGCCACUCCAGGAUGCUCAGCUGACUAUGUGGAGAUCAGAGAGUACAAUGCCUCAGGACGCCUACUGGGUAGACACUGUGGCAAUAACCUUGCAGCCUCCAUGGACACGUCUGACAGUUUUGCUUAUGUAAGGUUUGUCAGUGACACCAGUGGAAAUGCAGCUGGAUUCAGUCUGUCAUUUGAAGCCAGCACUGAAGCAUGUGGAGGAGAACUGAAUGCUCCCUCAGGAACCAUCUCCUCUCCCAAUUACCCCAACUUGUAUCCGCACAGCAGGGUGUGCCGCUGGGAGCUUGUGGUAUCACCAGGUCGCCGGGUUACUCUCACCAUCAAUGAUCUACGGCUGGAAGGAUCUGGUACUUCCUGUGCAUUUGACUUUGUCGAUGUACUGAACGGUUUGGCAGUCGAUGCACCUCUCCUGCAGCGAUACUGUGGUACAGUACCAGCAGGCACUCAGGUGCACUCUUCCGGCAACACCAUGACCGUUGUGUUCCGCACUGAUGCUUCAGUGUCCAAUGGUGGCUUCAUGGCUUCUUACUCCUCGAACGACCCUGCAGAAUGUGGUGGUGUCCUGAACAACCCAAUGGGUGGGAAUUUCACUUCUCCUGGGUACCUGGUGUCCAACUACAGCAACAACCUUAACUGUGAGUGGCUGAUCCAAAACCCACAGCACAUCAAUUCAUCCAUUGUGGUUCUGAUAGAAGACCUGCACCUGGAAAACCACCAGACUUGUGAAUCAGACUACCUCCAGUUUCGCUUAGGUGACUCAAAUGGGGAGCAAUUGGCCAGGUUUUGUGGGCAAAAUACCCCUCGAAUUCCCAUUGUGGUCUUUACUCCAGAACUCUGGGUCCAUUUCCAGACUAAUACUUUCCAGGGAGACCUAGGCUUUAAGGCCAAUUACUUGUUCUCUGAGUGCGGAGGCUGGCAGACAGGUGAGGGAGGGGUGUUAUCCAGUCCUAACUACCCCAACAUUUACCCCAGCCCUAGUCGCUGUGCUUGGCUCCUAGAGGCUCCAGUUGGUCACACUAUUACCCUAACCUUCAGCUACUUCAACCUGGAGCCCCACUCAACAUGUGGCUGGGAUUCUGUCACCAUCUUCAAUGGAGGAUCCCCUGGCGCACCUGUUAUUGGUCAGUACUGUGGGACCAUCUCUCCAGAAACCAUCCAGUCAGGAUCCAACAAGCUCUCUGUAGUGUUCCUGGCUGACCAUAGUGUUUCCAGAGGAGGCUUUGUGGCCUCCUGGUUUGCCGAUUCCUCGGGCUGUGGAGGGGUGAUCCAUGCUGACACAGGAACAAUCAAGUCUCCAAACUAUCCUCAGAAUUUCCCAGCCAAUGUGGAAUGUUCCUGGCAGAUCAUUGCCCAUGAGGGAAACCACCUGGAGAUGAAUGUCAACAGUGAUUUUGAGAUUCCAGACAGCACCGGGACCUGUCAGAACAGCUAUGUCAAGGUGUGGUCAGGUCAGACAGAAAAUACUGUGGCUCUGCUGUCGACGGGCUGUGGCACAGUGGCUCCAGCCCCCAUCAUUGCUCCGUACAAUAUCAUUACAACACGCUUCCAGGCCAGGGAAGCCCCUGGCAGAGGUUUCUCAGCAUCCUUCAGUAGCAGGUGCGGCGCAAACUUCACAUCUCCCAGCGGCCGUGUGGUUUCUCCAAACUACCCAGCCAACUACCCUGACAACUCCAACUGUAACUACACCAUAGAUGUUGGAGAACAGACUUUGGUUGUCCUCACCUUUCAGAUCUUCCACAUAGAAGCACACUCCACCUGUCUGUAUGAUGGGCUGAAGAUCUACAACCUGGCUAAUAGUGGCCCUCCUAUUGCCACUCUGUGUGGCACCAGCAUUCCAGGUCCAUUCUCCACCUUUGGCCCCAUGUUACUCAACUUCUACUCUGACUCUGUGAUCACAGACAGUGGCUUCAUGGCAGAAUACAGAGCCAUACCAUGUGGUGGGUUCUUCAACAGUUCAGCGGGUACAGUGAGCAGUCCGGCACUCUCCAUGACCAACUACCACCACAACAUGAAUUGUACCUAUCACAUCAUGGUGCAAGCAGAAAGAGUGGUGGAUCUCAAGUUUAACACCUUCCACCUGGAGGCAUCUUCUUCCUGUCGCUAUGACUAUGUGGCUGUGUAUGAUGGGCAGGACACUUUAGCACCUUUGCUGGGAAUAUUCUGUGGUGCAGUGCUCCCCCCCAAUCUUCGAUCCUCUUCGAACCAGCUCUUCAUUGUCUUUAGGACAGAUGCCACUGUGAAUGGGAUCGGCUGGAGGGCUACUUACAGCGAGACACUCGGUCCGGCACAGGGGUGCGGUGGCUAUUUGUCCAUGCCCAUGGGCAUGUUUAGUUCCCCAGAUCCAAACCUGGAUGGGCGCUAUGAGCCCAGGAUGGACUGUGUAUGGACCAUUGAGAUGCCAGUCAACAAGGCUAUCAACCUGACCUUUAGCUCCUUUGAGCUUGAGAGCUCCUCUACCUGCCAGUAUGACUUUAUCAAAGUGUAUGAUGGUGACAACAUUAACUUCCCUCUGGUUGGGACAUUCUGUGGAAAUUCCAUUCCUGCUUAUUUUCUAUCAAGUGGAAACUUCCUGACUGUUCACUUUGUCACUGAUGGCUCAGUACAGAGACGAGGAUUCAAUGCCACAUACAGAGUUGUGCCAUUGGUUUGUGGUGGGACUCUGAAUGCCACAACGACCAUCCAGACACUGACCUCACCAUCCUUUCCCAACGCUUAUCCUCCUUACACCACCUGCCGCUGGAUCCUGGAUGCUUCUGCUCAGGAGACCAUCAAAGUGUCAGUCCAGACCUUUGUCCUACAGCCAAGCCAGAGCUGCGCUACAAACUACCUGGAGUUAAAGGACUGGCCAGUGGGAGACUAUGGACAAUCACAUAAGUUCUGUGCAUCAGAUGGUCAUCCACCAGAAUUCUACAGCUACAGCAGAACCAUCCUUGUUUAUUUCAAAACUGACACCUUCAUCACAGGAAAUGGCCUGAGUUUCACCUAUCAGAUAGCUGGUUGCAGUCGAACCUAUGAACAGGAAUAUGGCUACCUGAAGAGUCCGGGUUGGCCUGACGUGUACCCCCACAACAUGGACUGCACCAUUAUCCUGAAGGCACCACAGAACAGCUACAUUGCUUUCUUCUUUAACAACUUUGAUGUGGAGAGUCACAGCAACUGUGAAUUUGACUACCUUGAGAUUCGUAAUGGUAGUACCGCAGAUUCACCACUGAUUGGUCGAUUCUGCGGCAGCACUCUACCCAGCCCCAUAUUCCCCCAAUCCAACCUCCUCUACUUACACUUCAAGAGUGACUUCUCCCAUGCCCGUGAUGGCUUUGAGGCCACAUGGACAUCUUCCCCUCACGGUUGUGGUGGCACUCUGUAUGGAGACCAUGGCUCAUUUGCAAGUCCCAACUACCCAGGCACCUAUCCCAAUAAUACCCACUGUGAAUGGGGCAUCAUGGCACCCAGAGGGCGUGUGGUGACUGUCACCUUUACCCAAAUCAGUGUGGAUGACCCUGGAGAUUGUCACAAUAACUUCUUGAAGCUGUAUGAUGGCACAGACACCUCCUCACUGCCUGUUGGACCUUACUGUGGAAUGGAAACCAACAUUGCACCAUUCACAGCCUCCUCCCAUCGAGUCUACAUUGUUUUCCAAGCCCAGUUCGCCAGCUUGCCUUCAGGAUUCAGACUUACUUGGAGCAGCUGA